CAGUUAUUGCCACCACUGUUAUUAUUAACUGAAGAAACCCAAUCUUAUCCGAGAAAUCAAAAGAGCAGCAGAGGAGAGGAGAUAGAACACACAAACAUGGCGGUUCUCUGUUCGUCUUCAACGGUUAUACUCCCUUCUUCGGUGAAACCCUCCGGAAGUAACAGAAGGUCUCCGUUUCUAGGCUUCUCUCUAACUGCCAUCUCGAAACUGUCGGCACGAGUCGGCAUUUACGCGAACACGAAGAGGGGAUUGCAGGUGAAGUGCGAAGCUGAGCAGGAGACUGCUACUUCUCUUGUUCCGGCGAAUCAACGGUGGAUGUUCGACGAAGAGGAAGCUAAUGGCCCUGACAUUUGGAACACGACAUGGUACCCAAAGGCUUCAGACCAUGUGAACACGGACAAGCCUUGGUACGUUGUCGAUGCAACUGACAAGAUUCUCGGUAGAUUGGCGUCAACCAUUGCUAACCACAUCCGUGGGAAGAACCUUGCCUCCUACACUCCCAGUGUCGACAUGGGAGCCUUUGUGAUUGUGGUGAAUGCUGAGAAAGUAGCUGUGUCUGGAAAGAAGAGGAACCAGAAGCUGUACAGGAGGCAUUCAGGGCGACCUGGCGGUAUGACGGUUGAAACAUUUGAUCAGUUGCAGCAGAGGAUUCCAGAGAGAAUCAUUGAGCAUGCUGUUCGUGGAAUGCUUCCAAAGGGACGGCUUGGGAGAGCUCUGUUCAAUCACCUGAAGGUGUACAAAGGCCCAGACCAUCCUCAUGAGGCACAGAAGCCGCUUGAUCUGCCCAUCAGGGACAAGAGAAUACAGCUGCAGAAAUAGAAACUCCAUGGAACAUCUCUACUAAGCUCGCCAUUAUCGCCAAGCGCAUAGAGUUUUUUUCUUCUUGAGUUUCUCUGUAGUUUCCUCAUCUCAAAACCAGAGGAGACUUUGCAGAUUGUUGUUUCCAUUGCUUGCUUCUGUCAACUCUAUGCUUUUUAAAGCUUUGUAAUGUGAGAUAUCUUUUAUUUA